UCCUAGUCAUCAAAGGAAGAGAGAGAGAGGAUCUGCUGCCCAAUCCCAUUUGUUUACACAGUUUCGCCACCCCAGAAAAUAAUAACCUUCAGAUUACAAACUCCCUCUCUCGACUCUUCUUCUGCUACUAACUCUGUUUUCAUAAAAACUUCUCUUCUCCCAUUAUACAUAAAUCAGGAACAUGAAAUCGGUGUUCAUUUUCUCAGUGCUUUUGCUUUGCUGCCUCUGCUUUACCUCCAUUGAUGCUUACGACGCCCUCGAUCCUAAUGGGAACAUAACUAUCAAAUGGGAUGUUAUACAGUGGACUGCUGAUGGAUAUGUUACUGUGGUUACAAUCUAUAACUUUCAGAAAUAUCGACACAUUGAGGUACCUGGGUGGAAGUUGGGUUGGACAUGGGCUAAAAAGGAAGUGAUUUGGUUCAUGAGUGGAGGCCAAGCUACAGAGCAAGGCGAUUGUUCAAGAUUCCGAGGACUCAUUCCACAUAACUGCCAAAGGACUCCAACCAUCGUUGAUCUCUUGCCCGGUACCCCUUAUAACCUACAGACUGCAAAUUGCUGCAGAGGUGGAGUUAUAAGCUCUUGGGUCCAAGAUCCAGCAAACUCAGCCAGCUCGUUCCAGUUAAGCGUUGGUCAAGCUGGCACGAGCAACAAGACCGUGAGGCUGCCUAAGAAUUUCACCCUCCAAGCACCGGGGCCAGGGUACACCUGUGGACCGGCUAAACUAGUGAAGCCAACCAAAUUCUUGACUCCGGAUAAAAGGAGAACUACUCAAGCUCUAAUGACAUGGAAUGUUACUUGCACGUAUUCGCAAUUUCUGGCUCAAAAGACACCGACUUGUUGUGUUUCACUCUCCUCGUUUUACAAUGGAUCGAUUGUGGACUGUCCAACUUGUUCUUGUGGCUGUCGGAGUCUAGCUCAACCAAGCAACUGUGUGGACCCGAAUUCUCCACACAUAGCUUCAGCCGUUUCAAGAUCAGACACGAGCAAUCUAACUCGCCUGCAGUGCACCAACCACAUGUGCCCCGUCCGAGUCCACUGGCAUGUCAAGCUCAACUACAAAGAUUACUGGCGUGUGAAGAUCACAAUCACCAAUUUCAACUACGCAAGGAACUACACGCAGUGGAAUCUCGUCGUUCAGCAUCCAAACUUGAGCAAUCUCACUCAGAUAUUCAGCUUCAACUACGAGCCGUUGACACCAUAUGGCUCCAUAAAUGACACUGGUAUGUUGUGGGGAGUUGAGUUCUACAACGACUUGCUCAUGCAAAACGGGCAUUCAGGGAAUGUGCAGUCGGAGCUGCUGUUUAGGAAGGACAAGACGAGCUUCACCUUCGACAAGGGAUGGGCUUUCCCUCGGAGGGUGUACUACAAUGGUGACAACUGUGUCAUGCCGCCGCCAGAUGCUUACCCGUUUCUCCCUAACGAGGGUGCUCGUGCACCUAUCGCCACGCCUCGUGUGAUAGCAGCUGCUCUGGUGGUGUCUUUGGUGAGUUUGUUUGCACAUCCUUGGUUAGCUUGAGUUGAGGAAAUCUAUGAUUGAUUGUUGGUGAUGGAAUUCUUCAUUCUUUCUAUAUAGUGAACCCAAUAGGAUGCAUUUUUUACUGUUUUGUUUUGUUUUCAUGCUGAUUGUAUUUGUAUGCCAACACAAGAAAGGCAGGAGCGGAUCCAGAAAUUGAGGUUAGGGGGGUUGAAUUUAUUGAUGUGCGACGUAUGAAGAUAUUUACACGGGGGUUCCGCCCCCGAAGCAAA